UCAGGGGCGUAGACGGAGGCAGGGCGGCAUCGGUCCCCCGCGUCAGGGCCGCGGGACGGUACAGACGAGUCGCGCCGAAGCUACUGCCCAGGCCGGGAGGCCGCCUCCCUCCUCCGCAGCCCGGGGUUCUUGCACCCGCAGGCGGCUCGCACCAUGCUGAGCGGGGGGAUGGCCACCAGGUUCCGGACAGCCUCCUGUUGGGGAUUAUUGUCAUUCAAGGAUGUGUCUAUGGAGUUCACCUGGGAAGAAUGGCAGCUACUGGAUUCUACGCAGAAGUACCUAUACAGGGAUGUGAUCUUGGAAAACUAUAACAACUUGGUAUCAGUGGGGUAUCAUGGUACCAAACCUGAUUUAAUCUUUAAGUUGGAGCAAGGAGAAGAGCCCUGGAUAAUAAAUGCCAAAAUUUCCAGUCACAGCUGUCCAGAAGGCUGGGAAGAAUGGUACCAGAAAAAUCAAGAUGAGCUUGAAAGUGUGGAGAGAAGCUAUACUUGUAAUAUGUUUGGGAAACUUCAUCUGAGCAAAACUCAUGUUUCUUCAAGACAAAGACUCCAUAAGUAUAACACACAUGGGAAAAGUUUGACACAAAACUCAGGUUCAAGCAGAAGUUAUAUAAGAAGGAAUCUUGAUAAAUUUCAUGGUUAUGAGGAAUCAUAUUUUCUUAAGCAUCAAAGAGCUCAUAGCAUAGAGAAAAACUGUGUGUGUAGUGAAUGUGGGAAAGCUUUUCGUUGUAAAUCACAGCUCAUUGUACAUCUUAGAAUUCAUACAGGAGAGAGACCUUAUGAAUGCACUAAAUGUGAAAGAGCCUUCAGUGCCAAGUCAAACCUUAAUGCUCAUCAGAGAGUUCAUACAGGAGAAAAACCCUACUCAUGUACGGAAUGUGGGAAAGUCUUCUCUUUCAGGUCACAGCUCAUUGUCCAUCAGGAAAUUCACACAGGAGGGAAGCCCUAUGGUUGUAGUGAAUGUGGGAAAGCCUACAGUUGGAAAUCACAGCUUAUUUUACACCAGAGAAGUCAUACAGGAGUGAAACCCUAUGAAUGUAGUGAAUGUGGGAAAGCCUUUAGUUUGAAGUCACCAUUUGUUGUACACCAGAGAACUCAUACAGGAGUGAAACCCCAUAAAUGUAAUGAAUGCGGAAAAGCCUUUAGGAGCAAGUCCUACCUCCUCGUUCACAUCAGAAUGCAUACAGGAGAGAAACCCUAUCAAUGCAGUGAUUGUGGGAAAGCUUUCAAUAUGAAGACACAGCUCAUUGUACAUCAGGGAGUUCACACAGGAAAUAAUCCUUAUCAAUGCAGUGAAUGUGGGAAAGCCUUUGGUAGGAAGGAACAGCUCAGUGCACAUCUGAGAGCUCACGCAGGAGAGAAGCCCUAUGGGUGCGGUGAGUGUGGGAAGGCUUUCAGCAGCAAGUCAUACCUCGUUAUACACAGGAGAACACACACAGGAGAGAGACCCUAUGAAUGCAGCUUGUGUGAGAGAGCCUUUUGUGGGAAAUCACAGCUCAUCAUACAUCAGAGAACUCACUCAACAGAGAAGCCCUAUGAAUGCAAUGAGUGUGAAAAGGCCUAUCCGAGGAAGGCAUCACUUCAGAUACACCAGAAAACUCAUUCAGGAGAGAAACCUUUUAAAUGCAGUGAGUGUGGGAAAGCCUUCACCCAGAAGUCGUCUCUCAGUGAACAUCAGAGGGUUCAUACAGGAGAAAAACCAUGGAAAUGCUCUGAGUGUGGGAAAUCCUUCUGUUGGAACUCAGGGCUUCGUAUACAUCGGAAAACUCACAAGUGAGAAGUUAGAAUGAUGAAGUAAACUUUAGAAGCCUCUCAGACAUUGAUGCUCAGGAGACUUCAAAUGAUAAUAAAGGCAGGAUUUAUAAGCAGGAGGCCCUAAAAAUACACUUGUGUCAAAUAAGUCAUAUAGGAGAAAGAGAAAUCAUAUUUGGAAUGAGUAUGCAAAAGCCUUCAGAAAUAAGUCAUAUAAAUUUUUUUAGAUGAGAGAAUAAUUGAAGGAAUGAGUAGCAGUAAAUGUACCAAAUGUUGUAGUGGCAUCAUUAUGCAGAUUUGGAGAAUUCAUACUGAGAACAUCUUACAAGUUUAAUAAAUCAGGAAAGCAUUUUCCAUAGAAAGUGGAAAGUAACAUUCCAGACUUGAAGCUAUGUUUUGAUAAAAUAAAGUCAAGAAAAUCUCAACUAUAAGUAGUAGACUUUUAAUGGUUGAGUGUAAAGUUUCUUGUUUUUUUUUUAAUAUGUAAAUAAAGUAAUGGUCAGAAAAACCACAAGGAACAUAUUCUGAAAGUUAAGGAAUCUUUAGUAAGGCUCCUGAGUUAACACUGAAUAGCAUUUUUUUAAAUUUUGGUAUUUUAUUUUUUAAUGUAAUUUGUUUUAUAUAUAUAUAUUUGAUAGUUUGCGGAAUAACAUCCUCCAGCAUUCUCCGUAUUAAAUGCUAAAUAUCA